AGUCCGGGCCUUGGAGCAGAGGCUCGGCUCGGCCCUGAGAGAGGCGCGGAGCGCGGGGGCCGGGGGCCGGUGUUCCCACCCGGGGACGCUCUUGUGGAGCCGAGCCCGGCAAAUGGGCGCAGGAGGAAGAGAGCAGGGAAAUGGACUGCUAUUUGCGCCGCCUCAAGCAGGAGCUGAUGUCUAUGAAGGAAGUGGGUGAUGGCUUGCAGGAUCAGAUGAACUGCAUGAUGGGUGCGCUGCAAGAACUAAAGCUUCUUCAGGUGCAGGCAGCACUGGAACAGCUGGAGAUCUCUGGAGGGAGUCCUGCCCCAGGCUGCCCUGAAAGCCCCCGGACACAGCCCCAGGCCCCUGCCAGGCCCACGGCCUGCUCCUCCUCCAACCAACCUUUUGGCACGAAGUUUCCGUCCUGUAGGAGUGUCUGUGGGAGGGAUCCGGUCCCCCUGACCAGAGCACAGCUCCCAGAGCACCAAAGCUGUGCCCAGCAGGGGCCAGAGCUGGCGGAACCGGAAGACUGGACCUCCACAUUGAUGUCCCGGGGCCGGAAUCGACAGCCUCUGGUCCUAGGUGACAAUGUUUUUGCGGACCUGGUGGGCAACUGGCUGGAUUUGCCGGAACUGGAGAAGGGUGGGGAGAAGGGGGAGGCAGGGGAGCCCAAGGGGGAGAAGGGCCAGCCCCGGGAGCUGGGCCGCAGGUUUGCCCUCACAGCAAACAUCUUUAGGAAGUUCCUGCGCAGCGUGCGGCCUGACCGAGACAGGCUGCUGAAGGAGAAACCGGGCUGGGUGACACCCACGGCCUCGGAGCCCAGAGCCGCCCGCUCACACAAGGUCAAGAAGCGGAGCCAUUCCAAGGGCUCUGGACACUUCCCCUUCCCGAGCACUGCCGAGCCCAGAAGGGGGGAAAGUCCUUCCACAAGCUGCCCCAAGGCCCUGGAACCCUCACCCUCUGGCUUUGAUAUUAACACAGCUGUUUGGGUCUGAAUCCUAGAGACAGAACGUUGACUGAACCCAAAAGGUCCAGGUCCCCAGUGCUGGGCCCUGGG